GACUUUGAAGCCCAAUAAUGCAAGCCAAAGAGCAUGGUGAGCAAAAGCUGCACUCAGAUUUGUUCUCAAAAUAAAUAAAUAAAUAAAAACCUCAAAAUAUAGUAAAGAUACUUCUUCUCCAUCAAAAACCUUCAUCACUCAAGUGUUUGCUUCAAUAAAUAAUCAUAAAAUGGGCGUUGAGGGAGCGGCGGUUCAAGACCAAGACUCAAAAGCUUCCGCUGCUCCUGUUGUUGAGAAACAAGACAUGGCUCCUGAAUCCGAACCUGCUCCUUCUUGGUUCACUCCUAAAAGGCUGCUUAUGAUAUUCUGUGUGAUUAACAUGAUAAACUAUGUGGACCGAGGAGCCAUUGCAAGCAAUGGUGUCAAUGGCAGUCCCAGAGUCUGCGGAGGAGUUUGCUCACAUGGUAGUGGAAUCCAGGGUGAAUUUGACCUAACCAACUUCAAAGACGGUGUGAUUUCUUCUGCUUUCAUGGUUGGACUUCUUGUCGCAUCUCCCAUAUUUGCAUCAUUGGCCAAGAGCUUUAAUCCCUUUAGACUUAUUGGAGUUGGAUUGUCUGUCUGGACUUUUGCUGCUGCUGGUUGUGGAAUCUCAGUUGAUUUUUGGUCCAUCACUGCCUGUAGAAUGCUAGUUGGUGUUGGUGAGGCUUCUUUCAUUAGUCUUGCAGCUCCAUUCAUCGAUGACAAUGCUCCAGUAACUCAGAGAACAGCUUGGCUGGGAAUAUUCUACAUGUGCAUACCUACUGGAGUCGCCCUUGGCUAUGUUUAUGGUGGAUGGGUUGGAAAUAGCUUUGGUUGGCGAUAUGCUUUCUUUGGUGAGGCAAUCCUAAUGCUUCCAUUUGCUAUUUUAGGUUUUGUCAUGAAACCUUUGCAAAUGAAAGGGUUUGCUCCAGCCGGGUCAAAAAGUUCAGAGACGAAUGCCAUACAAGUCGAAGUUAUUACAACUGAUAAAGAUGUCCCAGGGUCAAAUCACAGCUUAAACAAACCUUCGAGUUCUGGUUUGCAAAGAUUUUGGCAAGAUAUGAAAUCUCUUUUGCUUGAGAAGAUAUAUGUCAUCAAUGUUUUAGGUUAUAUUGCGUAUAAUUUUGUGAUUGGUGCGUAUUCAUACUGGGGACCAAAGGCUGGUUAUAGCAUAUAUCAUAUGAGCAAUGCUGAUCUGUUGUUUGGAGGGAUUACAAUUGUCGGUGGAAUUGUGGGGACAUUGGCAGGUGGUUUUAUCCUAGAUCGCAUCAACUCCACUAUCCCUAAUGCUUUUAAGCUUCUCUCGACGGCAACCUUUUUUGGUGCAAUAUUUUGCUUCAGUGCGUUUUGUUUCAAGAACUUGUAUGCGUUUAUAGUUUUCUUUCUGAUUGGAGAGAUACUGGUAUUUGCCACUCAGGGUCCUGUAAACUUUGUGUGUCUGCAUACCGUAAAGCCGAGCUUGAGACCAUUAUCAAUGGCUAUGUCCACAGUCUCAAUUCAUGUGUUUGGUGACGUGCCUUCGUCUCCUCUUGUUGGAGUUAUGCAGGACAGAAUUAACAAUUGGAGGACCUCCGCCUUGAUCCUAACUUCAAUACUGUUUUUGGCAUCUGGAAUUUGGUUUAUAGGUAUUUUUAUUCCGAGCGUGGACAGAUACAACGAAGACAGCGAGCAUCCUGUUGAGCGCUCAAACACAAGACCACUGCUUGAGGAGGCGACGGCUUCCGGUCAACUGGUCUGAAUAGCUUUCUUUCUUUCUUUUUAACAUGUACAGCAUUUAUUACUUCGUUUAUAUUUUUUGCUGUUUUUGUCUGUAUGUAUGUUAUCUAAAGGUGCCCCUGAACAUGUACAGCUAAUCCGAUGUCUGUUAUCUGGCAAGUAGUUACUAAAAAUUCAUGUCGAUGAAAUGAAAAUUAAUAGCAUUGUAAAGGAGACGUACGCUUUGUCAUUAUUAUUAUUAUUAUUUAUAUAAUAACACAAGCAUUUUAAUUCUAA